AUGGUACCAACUAUUACAAGAAAGAUAUUUGUUAAGAACAAAUUAAGUGAUAAUGUAACAAUUAAGAUAAAAUUUAUGUGUAAUAAAAAUUUUGGAGGUGUAAAAUUCUUGGAUAAUAACAGGAAGACAGACGAAAGUAUACAUUUUAAAAAAGAAGAUGAAGCUUUAUUAAGAAAUUUAUUAAAAAAUAAUCCAGACAUUAACCCUGAAUAUAAUAUGACAGAUAUUGAAGGAGGAAUGGAAAAUUUAUCAAUUGAUCUAUCGCUUGUUUUUUCAAAACAUGGAGUAAAAGAUUUAGAUAAUAAUUUUGUAAAAGAUAUAAUAAAAGUGUUUGAAUUAAAUGGAUAUAGGAAAAUGUUAGAUAAUUAA